AUGCCGGCGCUUAAUCUACAGAACAAGAAAGCGAUCAUUACUGGCGGUGGCUCAGGAAUUGGUCUUUCCUUUGCUAAGACAUUGUACGACAAUGGCUGUUCCGUCCUGCUAGCCGACCUUGCCCUCCACGCCUCGGCCAAAGAAUGGCUGGAGAGGAUCGAAACCGGGCCCUCCGCUAGAGUACGAUUUCACGCGACCGAUGUUACAGACUGGAACCAGCUCGAGGCUGCAUUCGAUGCCUUCGCCAGGGCGUUUGGCGGAACCCCCGAUAUCAUUGUUCCGGGAGCUGGCGUUUACGAGCCCUCGUCGAACAAUUUCUGGGCAGACCUGGACAGUCCAUCACACUACAAGGUUUUGGACGUGAAUAUCGUCCAUCCCAUCAAGAUGUCACGGAUCGCUAUACGCCGGCUCCGUCGCGCCGAAAGGCCAGGUGUUAUCGUCCAUCUCUCUAGCAUUACGGCGCAGAUCCCGAGCGUCGUCAAUCCUCUUUACUCGGUUUCGAAACAGGCAAUCAGCCAGUUUGUGAGGUGCAUGGCACCUUUGGAUACUCUGGCUGGUAUCCGCGUUGUUGCCGUUGCACCUGGCGUCGUGGACACCCCUUUAUUCCGUGACAGCGCAAAAGCUCGUGCACACAUCGAUCUAGAGAACGACUUUACACUCCCGCCUGAUGAGGUUGUCAAAGCCAUGCUGUCACUCGUGACAAGCACCAAGUAUCCCUCAGGAACAGUGCUUGAAAUCGGGGACAUCGGUGGGUGGCGAGAAGUGGGCCUAUUCAAUGAUCCAGGUCCCCAAGGGCGAUCAACCUUGCCGAGACCGAGGGCAAAGGAUGCUAUCAAGCUAGUUGAACAGGCAUUGCAGACGGACGCAGCGGAAGGACAGGUCGAUGCAGCUAAGCCACGUCUGUAA